UGAUCCUCAUAUCUUAGCCUUCUGAGUAGCUUGGAUUACAGGUUGCUGACCUUUUUUGAGGGAAUAGGCGUGGUUUGUGGCCCAGCAUGUCAAUAGUAACAGUGCAACUUGGUCAGUGUGGCAACCAGAUUGGUUUUGAAGUGUUUGAUACUUUAUUUAGUGAUUCACACUGUUCCCAGGCACUCUGCUCUAAGAGAGAGAAUGAAACAUACCAAGCAUCUUGCAAAGAAAGAUUCUUCAGGGAAGAGGAAAAUGGAGUUCCAAUUGCCCGGGCUGUGCUUGUUGACAUGGAACCUAAAGUUAUCAAUCAGACACUAGCCAAGGCUGCCCAGUCUGGCCAAUGGAAGUAUGGCCAGCAUUCAUGCUUCUAUCAAAAACAAGGUUCUGGAAACAACUGGGCCUACGGUUACUCUGUCCAUGGACCCAGGCAUAGAGAAUCUAUAAUGGACUUAAUCCAGAAGGAAGUAGAGAAGUGUGACUCUUUGAGUGGCUUUUUCGUCAUCAUGAGUAUGGCUGGGGGCACAGGAUCAGGGCUGGGAGCCUUCCUUACACAGAAUUUUCAAGAUCAGUACCCACACUCUUUGAAAAUGAAUCAGAUUAUAUGGCCUUAUGAAACUGGUGAGGUCAUUGUUCAGAACUACAACUCCGUUUUGACCCUCUCUCACUUGUACCGAUCUUCAGAUGCCCUCCUCGUUCAUGAGAAUGAUGCUGUCCAUAAAAUCUGUGCAAAGCUAAUGAAUAUCAAGCAGAUCUCCUUCAGCAAUAUAAAUCAAGUCCUUGCACAUCAGCUGGGCGCUGUGUUCCAGCCCACUUAUGCUACAGAAGGCUCGCCUCACUACAGAAGAAAUCCACUAGGAGACUUGAUGGAGAGCUUAGUUCCCCAUCCAGAAUUCAAGAUGCUGGGUAUUCGUAACAUUCCUCAAAUGUCUGAGAACUCUCUGGCAUACAGCACAUUUACUUGGGCUGGCCUCCUCAAGCACUUGAGACAGAUGCUCAUUUCUAACGCCAAAAUGGAAGAAGGUAUUGACUGGCAAGUACGGCCUCCUUUAGCAGGACUUCCACCUCUUGGCAAAAUGUGUCUCAACAAGGAACUUCAGUUUAACACUUCCAUUGCAAACUUGGUCAUUCUUCGUGGUAAAGGUGUGCAAAGUGCAGAUGUGGAGGGAUUUAAAGAUCCAGCUCUGUACACUUCCUGGUUAGAUCCUGUUCAUGCUUUCCAUGUGUGGAAAACCCAGCGAGCCUUUAACAAGUAUGAGAAGUCAGCAGCGCUGGUCAGCAACAGCCAGUUCUUAGUGAAGCCACUUGAUAUGAUUGUGGGUAAAGCAUGGAACAUGUUUGCUUCAAAGGCCUAUAUUCAUCAGUACACAAAAUAUGGAAUUGAAGAAGAGGACUUUUUGGACAGUUUUACAUUGUUAGAACAAGUUGUUACCAGUUAUAGUAACCUCUGAUCUUGAAUAAAUGGGAAAAUAUCCUAAGACAUUUUUGAAAUAAAAUAUUCUCAAUACUU